CCAGUGGCCUGGAGACACCCCCUCCUUCAUUCGCCGACACGAAGAACCCGUGGCCCCGGAAAUUUUGAUGCAGCUUCUCGUGCAUGGAGGUAUUUUGUUCGUGACCAGUGGGUCGGCGGCGACGCAACGCACGGGGAUCAACAGAAACGAGCUUUGAUCAAACGGUGGGCAAUAGCAGACCAACAAUUUCACGAUAGCUAUCAAUCCCGAGCACCAGAGGACGAGCCUAUUUUGAAGAUCCCGAACUUACAGUUUACAGGAAAUGACGUUCAAAAUUUCUGCAUGGUCUACUUCUACACCACCGAAUUGACCGGCAAGAAAGAAGCCCUGCUAGCCAAGUGCAUCUUGGGUUUAUUCCCAUGGGAACAAGGCUGGGAAUUUCUAGCAGAAGCAGGCGAAAUGAUAAUGUUUCUCCCGUUAGAAGAUAAUCAAGAAGAUAUUCCCGAGACAUUCAAGUUCCAUCAAAGUCUCGCCCGACCCAAUUUCCUUGAUAUGCACAUGGCGCUCGAUGGAACGGUGUUUUUUAGGGACUGCUAUGUCAAGCCCAUUAUUGAUGACCGGACCAUUGAGACCGGACUGGGUCUUUGGGUUGAAUUCGCAACGAACGAGGAAUUCGCCCACUUUUAUUGUGAAGUCGGUCCGGGAAAUCAGGUCCCAAUAGAGCAGGCGCUGAAUUACAUACAGUCACGGGUAAUAUAUCAAGACUGCGAUGAAGAUGCGGAUGCGGAUCCAAGAGAGAUCUUGGAGGAUGAGCCAGUUGAUAUGCGACGGCCGCUCGUGGAAAUCUACCGAGGGGGUGAAGUCGAUCUAGUGGAUGACUAUGUGCCAGGCUUUCGUGAGGCGGAGGAGCAGGGUAACGGCUUAGCAAUCGGAUAUGAUUUGGAACAGAUACUUGCGAAUGAUAAGAUCAUGGAAGUGAUCAUUAGCUAG